CAGUAAAGGUCCAUGAUAAAAGCCAGCCCAACUCCUCACUUCCUCAGCCACUUCUCUUGCCUCCUUCUCCUUGGGAACCAGGUGAGUGAACCUCUGCCCCAAGACAUGUCCUGCUACGACCAGUGCCAGCCCUGCCUGCCCUGCCAGCCCUGUGGCCCGACCCCACUGGCCAACAGCUGCAAUGAGCCCUGUGUCAGGCAGUGCCAGAACUCCACCGUCAUCAUCCAGCCCUCCCCCGUGGUGGUGACCCUGCCCGGCCCCAUCCUCAGCUCCUUCCCACAGAACACCCUUGUGGGCUCGUCCACCUCCGCUGCCAUUGGCAGCAUCCUCAGCUGUGAUGGAGUGCCCAUCACCUCUGGGUGCUGUGACCUCUCCUGUAUCACCAGCUGCUACUGUGGCCGUAGAUGUCCUCCCUGCUAA